AAAAUAAAAAUAAAGAUGUUAAGAAUGAUGAACAAAAUAAUAUAGUUACGAUGCAAAGUAUAAAUAAAGAUAAAAAUAGAGUUGAAAAAGGCAAAGAAAUAAAAGAAGUUAUUAGUACAA